UCAAAGCAUGGCGAGAUCCUCACUACCACCUCUACUGCUCUUUGGAUUGAGUUUGUUCCCUGUUUUGUUUUUCCAGUCUCAGACUAUGGUGGUACUUAGGGGGGAGUCCGUCACCUUGAUGUGCUCCAAUAUUUCAACGGUUGUGGGACAUGUAGCCUGGUUUAAACAAGUCAACAGAUCAGAGCCUGUGUGUAUCUCGACUAUGUACAGCUCUCAUUCAUCAACAGUUAAUUAUUACUUAGAAAAUAGACAUUUUGAAAUGUACAGUAACAACACCACCAUCUUCCUUAACAUCACAAAGGUGGAAAUAGCUGACAGUGGUUUGUAUUUCUGUGGAUUUUUCACAAAUACUAAGCACAUGGUAUUUGUCAGUGCAAAAUGUUUAAAUGUUCAAGUUCCAGGGUCCAACAUAACUGAGGAAAAAGAAGUAAAGAAAAGACAGCCUAAUGGAACUACCAGUCUUGUUGGAGAGCGUAAUGGAACUACCAGUCUUGUUGGAGUGCGUAAUGGAACUACCAGUCUUGUUGGAGAGUGUAAUGGAACUACCAGUCUUGUUGGAGAGUGUAAUGGAACUAUCAGUCUUGUUGGAGAGUGUAAUGGAUCUAUGGACUUGUUCCCAUUGGUUGUGAUCCUGGGUGGUGUGACUGUUGUACUCCUGAUAGUCAUUAUCAUCCUGGUUCUCAAGAUCCGACGAGAAACAAAAACAGAUAAUGAGACUCAACUGCAGAGCCAAAAUAUCCAGGAUGUGGAUGAGGACACAGAUCUUAACUAUGCAGCACUGAAUUUUAGUCAGAAGACGCCAAGAAAUAAAAAAAGUCAGCUGAACAUGAUGGAGAAGGAUUCUGAUGUUGUUUACGCUUCCACUAGAUAAUGUAAAAUGUUUUUAUGUUGACAUUGAUUAUUGAUGUUGCUGGGCUCUGUCCUCCUAUUUUAUUACUCAUCAAACAAAUAAGGAGCACUCUUGGAACUUCUAAGCCACAUUGGCCACAUUUUCUUCAUAUAUAACUACAUGACAUAUAUGGCCUGCUGAGGUGACCAUCAGUAUGUUAUUACCUUCUGAAUUCAAAUAAGAAAUUAAACAACGAUGCCUACAACAUUUUUGUAAAUGACAUUACAUAUGAUUUUGAAUGCAAAAUGCAACAAACUUUUGGAACAAAUUUACAGUACAAUGCAAUAAAAAGACAUGGUUUGUAUGUUGUCUAUCUU